CAGGGGGCGGAGUGACCCGGAUGUUGGGCAGCAGCGAUGAUGUCACACGUAAUUAGCAUAUUUCCGCCUAUAUGAGGAGCUUGCGCAAAGCUGCAGCUUUAUUGCUGCAAACGUCUCUCCAGACUUUCUUUCGUCAGUAACUGUUCGACCAGCCGUAACAAUGAGCGACAAGCCCGACAUCUCAGAGGUGACCAGCUUCGACAAGUCCAAGCUGAAGAAGACUGAGACGCAGGAGAAGAACCCCCUGCCUACGAAAGAGACCAUCGAACAGGAGAAGGCGUCAUCAUGAAGUCUCUCCCAUCAUGCACUGUACCCCCUCCUCCUGCAUUGCCUUGUUUUCCGUCACUUCUUUUAGCCGUAUAACUUUGUAACCGAAAUUCUGAAUUGAUGAAUAUAACCGAGCUGCACAUUUGGAUGGAUAGCUCCUACUCCGGGGCAGUUGGCCCGCCCCACCGAGCCCCCUCUUCUGGUCGUCAUUGGUCGGCUGAGGGGAGGAGGGGGUGAAUGCCAACAGCAUUAAGGGCACAUGUCAAGCACACCUUGACAACCAGCUCUGAGGUGUAGGUCGAGGGGCGUGGCUCCUGGCCACCAUCGUCCCACCUCCACCACCCAACGCCCUGCAGCUGCUUCUCAUGUGCACCAACGCUGAGGCGACAAGCUUAUGAGUCUUUUUUAAAUUUCGGUAAUGCACAACUUUUCGUUCGUUCGCUGGCCAAAAUGUAAAUGCCCGAAAAUCGAUACUGUUUAUCACAAAGUCUUUUGUUUGUUCACGAGGAGUAACGGUUUCCAUCUAGAUGUGGGAGAAGUUCAAACGGACCUGGUUUCGGGUCAAAUGUGACUCGUUUCGGCCUUUAGUUGGUGAAGUGGGUGAAACGCUCUGCAGUAAUUGGUUCUGUGUUUUUGCUUUGAACUGUUAAUCAAACUACUUUGUGGAGUUUUUGUAAAUUCCCAGCAGUCGUGUUACUCUGCCACAAACCAUCACAGAUAUGGAAAGCCGUGAAAUGUUGUAAUAAAAAAGAAUUUGUUAAUAAAA